AUGGCGACGACGGUUGAUGCGGAAGUCAUUGCCGGAUACAUCACCCUGGGCAACUUAGAUGGCUUGCGAAAGUUUGCACCACCUAGUUUCGACUGGUGCCAGCCUCUCUCUGAGGAAAGAGUACCAGUACUCGUACAUGUAAUAAACCAAGGGCUGGCCAAUGCAGGUGACAAAAGGCGGGCAAGUCUAUUAAAGAUCGCGGAAUGGCUGCUGAAAGCUGGGGCAGAUCCAAGAGACAAGAUUCCACUCCCCAACACUAAGCGCUUUCACCUGUGGAAGACAGAAGCUGUCGACAAGACCCUCAUCAGUGUUGGAUAUGCUGGGCACUCUGCUGUUUCCUACGGCUUCGCCUGGCUGGGCCAACUGCAGCUGGGCAAAGGCGGUGCGGAUUGGUCGACGAAUCGAAAGCAUUUGGAAGACGUUGUGGGGCUCUUUGCCGGGACGACAGCUGGCAAGAAUCUCCCAGUUGCAGAUGUCAUCGUGCCUCAAAGUACUGUGGACUUAUGGGAGUCGAUGCGCGACUUGACUUCCUCACACAACAUGAUCUUCGAAGCUUCAGACGGGGAGGUGUCGGCACACGACCAGAUCCUGGUUCUUGCCUCGCCUGUUUUGAAAGCGAUGCUCCAGUGCGCAAUGAGGGAGGGCACCAGCAGGCGCAUUCAAGUCAAGGAUUCCCCAUCCGCGGGCGUCUCGCUCUUCCUGGAUGUCUUGUACACUAGCUCUACUCACCAGGAACCUGACUACAAGACCAUGCUUGUGGCUUUGGACUUGGCGCAUCGCUGGCAGGUCCAUGGCCCAGUGCAGAGCCUGUGCACCGCACUUCAAAGCACGAUUGAUGCCGAGAGCUUCGUGCCCAUAGCAGAGGCUGCAGUGCUCAAGGGGCUGCCAACACUGGAGCGAGCAUGUGCCUCCUUCGGCUGCGCAGAUGAGCGUGUGCAGGCGAUGCUGAAGAAAGGUGUUCUUCCCGCAGUCGUUCAUAAGCUGCUGGGAGGGCCUGAGCAUGCCAGUGAUGAGCAGCAACAGCCGAAGAAGCGGGUGAGGUUCCACUCGUCAUGA